UAAUUGCAGCUACCUGUAGGUACCAAUAUGACCUCAAUGCCCUGGCUGCAACCUCUCAAUUACGUUUGACAUCAACUCGGGAUCUGAAUUUAAAUGUUUCAGUUUCCAAUGCUAAUAUGAUCAUUCAAGCUUAUGCAAGCUGGAACAACCUUAGCCAUGCUCACGAAUGUUAUAAAAACAGAGAUACAUUUUCUCCAACAAAUGGUGGAAACUCUAUCAUUGACACACUACAUAAGAAAAAUUAUUAUAUAAUCCCUCAAAACAAACUUGGUCAGGACAUUUUUAUUCGUGCUACUGAAGCUAGGGGUCUCCAUAAUAUAAUUCGGAUGCCAUCUGGGGAUAUGAAGGCUGUGAGAGUUCCGGUGUCCAAAAAUAUGCUAGAAUCUCAUCUGAAGGGUAAACUCUGUAGAAAGAUUAGAACAAUGGUUACAAUCAUCAUAGCAGAAGCACAGUUUCCCCGAGUUGAAGGUUCAGAUUCCCAGCAAUAUACAGUGGCUGUACGCCUUUCUCCUUAUCAGAGCCUCCCUAGCGAUGCAUUGGUUCAUCAACAGAGUGCACGCACACGUGGAAGAAGGGCUGCUAUAUUACAUAACAGCGAAACAAGGCCAUUAUAUUGGAAAGAUUUUGAAGGGAGCAUUUACAAAGAAUCUUAA